AAAAAGCAGUAAAAAAGAAGAGGGGCGUCUCUCCCUCUCUCCCUCUCUCCCUCUUUUUCCUCGAAGCGCAAUUUUCUUUUCUUUUCCUCCCUUUCCUUUUCCUUUUCCUUUUCUUUUUCGCUGCUCUCUUCUGCAGCAGCAACCGGAAAACAUCGCCAUAAAACGAAGUGCAAAAGCUCUCGCCCUGCCUCAUUUCCCAUCUCUCCCUCCUCCCCCUCUCCCUCUUUUUCUCUCUCUCUAUCUCGAACCCUGACGCAGCAACUUCGACUUUGAGAAUCCACUCUUUCAUCUUCACCCGCCAUGGAAGCUCUGAACCUGCUCUGGUUCCGGAGGCCUAUCGCCAGCACCACCAUAGCCCCCCAAAUGCCUGGCCUCCUCGCGGAAGCUGACGAUGGACUCCACAAAGUAGCAGCGGAGGAAGGAGGAGAAGAGGAAGAAGAUUCGUUCUUCGAGUUGGAGCUCACUGUUCCUGAUUGCGACGUUCGCGAAUGCAGUACCAGCCACGGCAACAAAAAGGUCAAAGAUGGCGACUUCGUCCCAGUUGACUCCGACAUAGAAAAACAGGGCUCCCCAAAUUCUGCGACCGCGAAGGGCAGCCGGAACCAUCGUCUCUCUCACCAGUCGUCGCUCUCGCUGCGGAAGAUCCUCCCGAUCGACCCGUGCUCCCGGCCUCAGUCCCCGAUCUCGCUGCUGAAGUCGGCACCCAAGUUUCGGGUCUUCAUGUUCCGGAAGUCUAAGUCGGUGUCGGCGUCGUCGGUCGAGGCGGAGAAGACGGGAGACGACGGAGAGCCGAGAAGCAGACGAGGCGGUCCGUUCACUUUGAAGUUCAAGGUGCGAGAGGUCCCCCGACCCGACUUCGGGAGAGCCAACAGCUCGAGAAGAUCCGAGGCGGGAUCCCCGAGCCAGAGCCCCGAGAGCUUCAUCGACUCGAGCUCGAAGCGGUUCUCCAAGGACAUGAUCCGGAAGUACUUGAAGCUCGUGAAGCCCCUGUACGUCAUGGUCUCCCGAAAGCAAACCGACGCCGCGAGGUUCUCCGGCGAGUUGUCCACGACGUCAUCUCCGGCGAUGCCGCCGCGGGCUCCGUCCAAGAUGCAUGCGCUGCUCAAGUCGCCGUCCGUAUUCCCGACGGCUCCGAGGCGGCUCGGGAAGAGCAGGUCCUCGUCCGCGUCGGGCGGGCUCUCGUCGCCGGCGAGGAGGGACGAUUCGCUGUUGCAGCAGCACGACGGGAUCCAGAGCGCUAUUCUGCAUUGCAAGAGAUCCUACAACUCCUCCAGCGAUUGUUCUUCAUCACCGCGAUCUGCAAGCGGUCAGCGGGAGAUGUCCUUUGAAUCGGGAAGAAGUUCCAGCGAGGAAGCGCGUGAUUGUAAAUUGUAACGAGAUUCCGCCAGCAUUUGGAGCUAUAAUUUUUCAAAGGAAGAUAGAAAAGGGUUCCUGUUUUUGUGUAGUCGGUCAAACGUUACAGAAGCGUGCGUGGGUGAGUUUGGUUUUCGUUUUUUUAUUUUUUAUUUUUAUAUUUUUGCUUUGCUUUUUUGGGUGUAGAGAAAAAGAAGUAAAUUCGAAGUAGGGUUAGGUUAGUUUGCAGACUUUGGGAGGAUAUGAAAAAAUAGGGAGAUGGUGGCCUGAAGAAGGUGUCCGUGAAGUGAUGGGUCAUUACGAGACAUCAGGAAGACACGAUUUUAAUGUUUCGGGGUUGAUCUGCAAAUUUUUUUUUCUUUCGGUACGACAGGGUUCGAAAUGUCGAGAGAAUCGCGUGGUGUCGUCACUUCGACUGAUUGGACCUCACGUGACUCUUUGCCAAAAUGC